AUGGCGGAGCCAGCAACAACAGCUGCAUCACCAGCCGUGUCGCCAACUGCAACACUUCAGGUUUCGCCAGCCACAUUGCCGGACACAGGAGGAGAGCCAGCAGAAGCCACAACAAAAGUGGCGUCGCCAGCUGAAAUGCCAUCCACAACACAACUUGAACCAUCAGCUGUAACACACGUGGCAUCUCCAGCCACGUCCCCAUCUACAACACAUGUCUCAUCAGGCAUGACACAAGUGGCGUCGUCACCUAUAAUCGAAGUGGCGUCACCACCCAGAACAAGAGCAAUUCUUCGACCCUCAUCGUCAGGCAAUACAGAAGUUACGUCGCCAGCAGCCCGUCUAACCACAAAACGUGUAGCCUCAUUACCUUUAGGGCAGGUGGUGUCCAAAGCAUCGUCGUCAGGCUCCACACGAAUAGCAUCCGCCAUCCCCAUUGCCUGCAACAGCAUGCAUCUUAUCACCAGUCCUGUUGCCAGAUACAACACUCAUCAAGUCACUGGUCCCAUUGCCAGAUACAAAACCCAACAAGCCACCAAUCCUGUUGCCGGAUACAGCACACACUGUAUCACCAGUCCUGCUGCCGGAUACAACACCCAUCAAGCCACCAAUCCUGUUGCUGGAUACAGCACACUCUGUGUCACCAGUCCUGCUGCCGGAUACAACACACAUCAAGCCACCAAUCCUGCUGCCAGAUACAGCACACGCUGUGCCACCAGUCCUGCUGCCAGAUACAACAUGCGUUCUGUCACCAGCCCUGCUGUGGGGUACAACACGCGUCCUGCCACCAAUCCUGUUGCUAGCUACACCAUGAUUCGUGUCGCAAGAUUCUAA